AUGGCUGUAUACAUGACUGCUGUUUUAUUGCUUGACGAUGAAGAGGAUGAUGAACGCAAUAACCGUAAUAAUAUUAUGAGAGUCACACGAAAAUUACUCAGAGAUGCUUUCGAUCCUUUUUCGAUCUCUAAUCAUGAAUUUCGUAAGCUAUACAGACUGACGAAGGAUGCAACUCGUGUCCUAAUAGAAGAAUUAUUGCCAUUUAUGCCUCAGAGAGUACGACAAAAUGCAAUACCUCAUGAAUUGCAGAUUUGUGAUUCUAAUUACGAAAUUCUCGCCGUAAAUAGUGCUCAUGGUGGUCGAACACAUGAUGCUCGUGUGUUACGAUCAACGAGAGUAUUUGCUCAUUUGGAACAAAGAUAUAGAGAAGAUGAAAGAGAUACUUGGCUUCUUGGUGAUUCAGCAUAUCCCCUUCUACCCUUCUUGCUGACACCAAAAUUGAAUCAAGUAGAAGGAAGUCCAGGUGCCAAAUAUACCAAUCAUCAUGUGCAGACUCGCAUAGCUAUAGAGCGAUGUUUUGGUGUUUUAAAAGGUCGCUGGCGUUGUUUGCGAAAGGAACGCGCAUUACAUUAUACCCCACAAUUUGCUGCUGUUAUUGUUAAUGCUUGUUGUGUUUUGCAUAACAUGGCAAUCAAAUGGAGGAUUCCUGAUGAUGAAAUACAUCUGGAUGAAAUCGAUAUUGCAGCACCAAUAGCAAAUGACGGUAUUGAUGAUGAGUGUGGAGAACAAACUCGAAAUAGAGUAAUCCAGUGGUAUUUUACCAAUUAA